CGCGGGCUAGGCGCGCGUGCGCACUGCGCGACAGCCCGAACUGGCUGGUUGGGGGGGCGGAGAGACUGAUCCCCGAGUGUCGUUUUGGCAAGUCUCUGGGUUGGAGUUUUGGCAACUCCGAGGGGUGUGGGAGAGGAGCUGGGGAUCCUCCUGGCGGCCACCGGACCAGGUUAAAUAGCGGCCGGGACAGUGGUCGAAAGCCGGGCGCGGCAUGUCCCUGGUGCCGCGGUGCUUAGAGUGAAGCGCGUGGCGAUCAGGAUGGGCCGGCGCCGGGCGCCAGAGCUGUACCGGGCCCCGUUCCCGUUGUACGCGCUUCAGGUCGACCCCAGCACGGGGCUGCUCAUUGCUGCAGGAGGAGGAGGCGCUGCCAAGACGGGCAUAAAGAAUGGCGUGCACUUUCUACAGCUAGAGCAGAUUAAUGGGCGCCUUAGUGCCUCCUUGCUACACUCCCAUGACACAGAGACACGGGCUACCAUGAACUUGGCUCUGGCUGGUAACAUCCUUGCUGCAGGGCAGGAUGCCCACUGUCAGCUCCUGCGCUUCCAGACCCACCAGCAGAAGGGCAAAACCAAGGUAGAGAAGGCAGGUUCCAAGGAGCAGGGGCCUCGACAGAGGAAGGGGGCAGCCCCAGUAGAGAAGAAGCCUGGAGCUGAAACCCACCAGGAGGGGAUAGAGCUGAGCGUAGAGAAUUUGAAAGCCGUGCAGACAGACUUCAGCCCUGAUCCGUUUCAGAAAGUUGUAUGCUUCAACCACGAUAACACACUGCUUGCCACUGGAGGGACAGAUGGCUACGUUCGUAUCUGGAAGGUACCCAGCCUAGAGAAAGUUCUGGAGUUCAGAGCCCACGAAGGAGAGAUUGAGGACCUGGCUUUGGGGCCUGAUGGCAAGUUGGUAACUGUGGGCUGGGACCUUAAGGCCUCCGUGUGGCAGAAGGAUCAGCUGGUGACACAGCUGCACUGGCAAGAGAAUGGACCCACCUUUUCUAACACGCCUUACCGCUACCAGGCCUGCAGGUUUGGGCACGUUCCAGACCAACCUACCAGGCUGCGACUCUUCACGGUACAGAUUCCCCACAAGCGUCUGCGCCAGCCCCCACCCUGCUACCUCACAGCCUGGGAUGGCUCCACCUUCUUGCCCCUUCGCACCAAGUCCUGUGGUCAUGAAGUCAUCUCCUGCCUUAGUGUCAGUGAAUCAGGCACCUUCCUAGGCCUGGGCACAGUCACCGGCUCUGUUGCCAUCUACAUAGCUUUCUCUCUCCAGUGCCUCUACUAUGUGAGGGAAGCUCAUGGCAUUGUCGUGACGGAUGUGGCCUUUCUACCUGAGAAGGGUCGUGGUCCCGAACUCCUUGGGUUCCAUGAAACUGCCCUGUUCUCUGUAGCUGUGGAUAGUCGUUGCCAGUUGCAUCUGCUGCCCUCACGGAGGAGUGUUCCUGUGUGGUUGCUGCUCCUGCUCUGUGUCGGGCUUAUUGUUAUGACCAUCCUGCUGCUUCAGAGUGUCUUUCCAGGUUUUCUUUAGCCUUUCUGCUCCUAGGGAAUGAGGAGCCUGGACACUGCCACCUUCUAGACCAGAGUGGAGGUCUGGACCCCAUUGCUUACUCCACCUGGGUCCCCAGUUGGGGUUGCUUCUGAUGAUACCGAUGGGCACUGCCUGCCCUGCCCACUGAAAACUUGGCUAUGGCCCUGUGUGACUCUGAAUCCUGGGAACCAUUCAUUCUUCAUCCAUGGAUUGACCCAGGACAGUGGUGUCUGAAGCCCAGACCACACUCCCUGCAUCCUUCCCUCUAACAGAGGCUCCAGAGCUUGUCCUUUCUCCAGAAACAUAUGAAGAUGCCCAAGAACCCAGAGGUACUGCUGUCCAUCACUUGUACUUUACAUGAGCCCCUGGUGUUUGCUGGGGCAAGCUCUGGCCUAGGACUUGCAAUCUGGGAAGGAAGGAGCAAAAGGAAGACUCAAGCAAUAAUCUCUGGGUCCAGCUGGUAACUCUGAACCAGCUAGGCUACAUAUACGAGAAGUUCCUGGAUGGUCUACUCUAGCUUUGAGGAAAGGGAAAAUGAACCUCAGCCCAUUCUUCAGGAAAAGUUGAUAUUUAAUAAAUAAGUGAAGACGGAAUUAAGACCC